AAUCAGUCAAGAGAAAAGACAGUUACACUGGGCUUCCGUCUCAAUGGUAUAACCAUGAAAGACAUAGGAAACCCAGGAAAGGAGCCACCUGAAGACCAUUCCUCCAGGCGCCGCGAGGAUUGGCCUCUUGAGUCGGAGCCAAAGUUACAUUUCCCGCUUGUAACCCAACGGGACAUCGUCCCUGUGGCAGAUAGUCGUGUGACGCUCACGCCACACGAGCCCAGCCGCUUCCCGACACUUCACGGAACAGUCUCGCUGACCUCCACCGCAGCCACACUCCACCCAAGGCUUCAGGUGACAAAGUCCACCGCGCCUCAUGGAAGGUUGCCUCUGGCCAGGAACGGGGUGACUCAGAGGGAACUGCGAGCAGCAGUUGGGCCGAUGGGCCGGGCACCUGGAGGAGACCCUAGGAGCAUCGCAGCAGCUGGUCAGUCCGCACACAUGAUGCAGGCCGGCCCCUCUGGGAGUGGAUUGGACCUGACGGGCUCUGCAGGACCGAGGCCACUCAGACCACUGCCUCCUGCAGACACGAGGCCCAGGGAGCCCAGCAGACCCACGCAGCCGAGAGCAAGCAGGCGCCGCAACAAAACAAUGCAGGGUGAGGCGGUCCAUGCAGAAGAGCCGUCCCGAGUUGUUCGCCUGGAACCAGUUCCACCACCACAGUCUCCGGCAGCACCUAGCGACAUCGGGAGGCGCCCAGGAAGACGCCGAGCAAAGCACAAUCGUGACUCUCCGGCUGAUACGUAUGUGUCAGCAAACACAAAUGAAUGCGUUUGCUUCGCUGCUGGUGACAGCAUUAGCACCAAUUGGAGUGAGUACCAGGAAAGGACCAGGCCACGGACGGCACCACGACUUCCUCCAUUCGAGCGAUCUCCACUGGCCCCGAGGCCACGUCUUCUACCCAGGAGGCCACAAAUGGAGCCCAGACGCCUCAGUAGCACUGUUGACCAAUCCACCACACUCCCUCCACUGAGUCAGAAUGCAUCUAUGGUCUGUAACAUCAGUGAUCAACAGCAGAUGAGAGAGCUCCAGCAGGCAACCAGCGUGCCUCACAGCACAGCCUGGGAUCACGAGCCACCACACAUGAUCCUGUCCGCCUUGAGAGAGACGCAGCAGCAAGCAUUUGUCAGCCUCCACGGCCGUGGGAGUAACGUAGCCGCUUCCUCUAGGACCCAGAGGGACCCUGGGUAUGAGCAGGACGUGCACAGUGUCAUCCCCGAGCACGCAGUUCCACUGGAGACUUUGCAAAGCGACGCCAGAGAACGCAGACGCACCUGCAGACCGCCGCACAGGCGCCGGAGACGCCUCACGCUCGCCUUGCCGAUGGCCCGCACCUUCCGUCUCAGAACCCGCAAGCCCAUGUCCACUCACAGAGUGGUCCUUGGAUGAGCGCCGCGGCGCUGUGUGUCUGCGGGGACUUGGACUCAGACAGUCAGUCAGAGGAGGAUCCAUUUGUCAACUUCCAGUCCCCAAUUCACUCACCAUCAGUUGGACACACGGGUACACAUGAUGCUACUAAUAUCAGCACAACAAUUAGAAGGAUCCAAGCAUAACAGAAGGGAUGGCAUUUGAUUUUCCACCAUAUCAACAUCAGAGGCCACAAACUCAAUCGAUACAAGGCAUGAAUCUGCAUUCUAGGAGCACACUGGUCCUCUAGGUUUGGCCAGAGGAUGAUAGAAAUGGAGCUGUGUGUCGGCGGGGAUUUGGAUGUAGACAGUCGAGGGGUCCAUCUCUCUACUUCCGGUCCCCAACUACUCAACAUCAACUGGACACACAGGCAAACUUAGUCGCUACUUUGACCAGCGCAAUGAUUUGAAGGACCCUGCGUAAGAAGACAAGAGGUGGCACAUUUUAGAGGUUGCAUCAACAUCACAAGCCACACCAUCUAUGCUCAUCUAUUACUGCAUACUGGAUGACAGGAAAGGAAAUGUGUGUCAGUGGGGACUUGGGUUUAGACAGUCAGAGGAUCCAUCUGUCCAUUUCCGGUCCCCGUUUACGCGACAUCAACUGGGGACACAGAGACAUGCCGCUAGUACUAAAGCCAGCGCAAUGAUAUGAAGGACCCGCCCUGCAUAGCAGGCGAAGAGGUGGCACUUUUUGGCUAUGUCAUCAACAUUGGAAGUCACAUGACCUAUGCUAUCAGACAUCACUCUGAGCACACAAAUUCCUCCAGGCGCCGUGAGGAUUGGUCAGCUGUUAAAAAAAACGCUUGACGUAGGGCGCUUUUUUCUACGAGAAGUUGAAAUUUUCUCAACUUUAAAAAGACGCUCUGAGCUGCAGAAAAAAAUGCAGGUGACCGCAUUUUGAAAAAAACUGAGGAUUUAAAAAAAAAAAAACUCCAUUGUUUUUUUUUUUUUUUUUAAAGCCUGAACAUAGCCUAAAAUGAAGUUCUCUUGAGUACAAUCUCUGUCAUCAGCUCAAGCAGAAGGCAGAUUAAGGCAGAACAAACAGGGCAAGGGGAAGGUUUGCUUAGCUUACAAAAGAAAACCACAUUGCGAAGCCAUCAGUUAAUAUCAGGAAAGUAUACAUUUAUAACUAUGGAUGUUUAGGUAUCACACUAGGUAAGCCAAAUGGAAAGUGGUAAAUGUGGUUAUCUCUGGUUAAGUUUCUGUGUUGGUCUUGAGUUCACAAUAAGUGUAUAACUAAAUAAGUUAUAUCUGGGGAAAAUUAAAUUAUUGAGU